CACCACAUUUGUUCCUUGGAUGGAGGGGGGUACAGCAGCGUCCGUCGCCCCUCGUUUGGCCUUUUAUCUUAGAGUUAACAUCUUUGAGACAGGCGGGGAUGCAACCCGCUGCUGCCUUUACAUUCGAUCGACCACCUAAUCCGAACAUGUCAUUUCGUCCUCGCCGGCUGGAUCUGAACAUUGCCUGCGCCCUGCCAGUGAUCCCUCAGAAACGCUCCACCCCACGCGAAAACGGCCUACACGAUUACAUUUGACCAAAGGGCGUAACCUACCUGCAUCCCUGUGUGCUUUUGGAUAGAACGCUUUAGGGGCCUGCAGUAUGAAGAGAGGUCUUCACGAGCACCUAAGAACAGGGCUUGACUUCGAGGAGCCCGAUAUACAGAGGGAAGAUAUUGUGGAACCGCAGCUUACAGCGUAUAACGACCCUACGGAAAGAGCUAGUAAACGGCAGCGCAUCGAGAGAAUAGCAACGGACUACUUACGACGUGGCAAAGUACCAACCUUACUCUCUACCAGGCUGAGAGGCCCGUUUGACUCCUGGACGAACCCGUGGUCGAACGCAAGCUCAAAGCCGACCCCUCAGAGCGUGGCAUCGACAGAGGAAAGGCGAUCGGGACACGGGGCAAGGAACCGCCGGAAGCAGCAUUUAGGAGUCAAAUAUAAGGGUACCCAUGACGAGAGCAGUGAGCGCUUAUGGCUUAAACGACGCAAGGGCAAAGAUGUAGAGAGAUAUUCCGCAUCGCCUGCGCCAAAGCGGUCUCCUACACCGUCGCGUGUUAGGCGUGCACGGUUUGGCGGAAAAGGCGAUGGCAACCCAGCAAAACUAUCUUCCCGUACACAUACUGACGUCCACUCGGCCGUACAAAGGACCAGUUUGGGCCACUGGAGAUCUAGUGCCUCAGCCUCAAUGCUGAUUUCUUCGCCAGCUGCAGAAACGCCAUACAAGAGUCCAUUUGGUCACAUGAGAUCGGGCUUGCGAACUCCUUUGGAACAUGGUAUUUCACGUCAAACCUUGGAGGUCACACACGCUUCGGCUCAAUGCUCUCGGAAAAAGAAAUCUUCGCUACCUGUUCCCAUUACAAGUGGUGCUCCUGGAUCUGCAAAUACCCCUCAUACCAUAGCGCAGGAAGAAGCCCGGGAGGGAGAUAGGGAAGGUUCGGAGGCACGUGGGGCGAGAAGGACUGUUCAGGCAGACUCUCCGACGGUCAUGGUCAUGAAAGCCCGAGCAUCUCCUGGCAAUACCAGCAGCUUCCAGUACCGGAGGAGAGGGGGUCGGAGAGUGAACAAAGUUGCACAGCAGCCUAAGACGCCGGAUGACAUAGUCGAGCGUACGGCAUCGAAUGGAACUCCAGUGGGGAACUCGAAUGCUGCCGAUGCUCCAGUAGCGCAGGAAUGGAAAUCAGGAUCUGUUCAUGGCGAUGCUGGAAGACGGCCGCACACUGUACAUGACGCCCCUAGCGACCAGGAGACGACGGUAGAAGGCCCGCGAGGGGAACAGCAGCGCACCAGUCUAGGUUCAGAUGGCAGCCGGCAGUCUUUGUACUCGACACAAGCGGCCAUGAUGCUGGCGCAACUCGAAUUUCAAGACGGAACCUUUCCAGACCCGUCUCCUCUCUCUCCUGAGUCACCUUUGUCAGCAUCAUUGUUGCCAUCUGGAUCCCAGGGAGGCACGCCGAAGACGACAUUACCAGGGAAGAGCCCUGCGAUCACUCCGUUCCAUGCCUUCAAUGCGCAGCUUGAGAAGGCUGGCCCUGAUAGCUGGGUUAGAAGUGCAGCGAUUAGCACGCAGGAUCUGUUCCUCGCAGCGUCCCCCUUUGCAUUCAGCACAGUGAAGAAGCAGUCGACGGCCGUCCCCAAAGGAAGCGGCCUGAGGUUUGCUGUCUUUAAUCACAAGAAUGAACAAGAGAGGGUCGCUGAUGCGGAGAAUUGCAGGAGCCCUAGACGGUCGAACGAGCGUCUUCCGUUGCGAGAGCGCAAUUCGGUGGUGUCGUUUCCGACAAGUCAAAAAGGGACCCAAGAGUCUUUGCAUUGCUCGGGCUAUGUCCACAGCCAAACAGUGGAGCUACCGGGAAUUGACUUUCCCCGCUCCUUUGAUGGCGAUGUGAGUUUUGCAGACCAGUUUCUGCGCAACGUGGAUGGGUUGGCGUAAAGGCUGCCCUGAGGACAUGGACUGACGGGAGGUGAUACGAUUGGGUGAAUGGCAUACCGCCUUUUCGACUCUGUACGUAAAAAGGGAACGAGAGGAUCUUGGUUUGGGUAGUGAAUCUUUCGGCCCAACAAGGUAACUUGCAGGAUAUCAAGAGUACUUUGAUGUUGGUCGAGAUGAAUGGUGGGCAGCGUACCACCACGUUCUGGCAUGAU